GAGUGGAGAAAAGAGGGAGUGAGGGAGUGAGGGAGUGAGGGAGUGAGGGAGAGGGGUGCGGUGUUGAUGGUGCUAUGGCUGCAAUGUCGCCGGAGCAUUUGAGCCUCCCAGAGAUGCAACGAUUCCAGCUCUGUUCGCCACCCCACUCUCCCAGCCAGGAGGAAUUGCAUGCCAUUGAGGUCUCGGACAAAGUGCACCGGGAAGAUAGCAAGGUAAAAGCUUCAAAUGCUGCGCAGUCCGCAGCUUCAGAGAUGGAGUCUCCCAGCGGGAAGAUGGAAGAAGAGGGGGUUACAGGGGAAGGAGCAGAGCGUGGUGGAACCAACCGCGGCGGAGGGGAUGAGAAGCCUGCACCGCCACUGCCGGCGGUGAGCUGCAUCGAGCUUUUCAGGUUUGCAGAUGGGCUGGACUAUGUGCUGAUGGGCAUUGGCACAGCCGGAGCCAUUAUUCACGGCUGCUCCCUGCCGGUGUUCCUCCGAUUCUUUGCAGAUCUCGUGGAUUCCUUCGGUUCCAACGCCGACGAGCCCGAUACCAUGGUUCGAGAAGUCAUCAAGUUUUCAUUCUACUUUCUUGUCGUCGGUGCCGCCAUUUGGGUGUCUUCUUGGGCUGAGAUCUCUUGCUGGAUGUGGACGGGGGAGCGACAGUCUACGAAGAUGAGGAUAAAAUAUCUGGAGUCGGCGCUUAACCAAGACAUUCGUUACUUCGACACCGAGGUCCGCACCUCGGACGUCGUCUUCGUCAUCAAUGCCGAUGCAGUCAUCGUUCAGGACGCGAUCAGCGAGAAGCUUGGGAACUUAAUUCACUACAUGGCUACUCUGGUUUCCGGUUUUGUCGUCGGUUUCACUGCAGUGUGGCAGCUGGCCCUCGUUACACUAGCAGUGGUUCCCCUCAUCGCGGUCAUCGGGGGUAUCCAUACCACAACGUUGGCCAAGCUCACUUCCAAGAGCCAGGACGCGCUCUCUCAAGCCAGCAACAUUGCAGAGAUGUCACUAUCGCAGAUCCGGACGGUGCAGUCGUUCGGCGGUGAGUCCAGAGCUCUCCAGGCGUACUCGGAGGCGCUGAAGGUGGCACAGAGGAUUGGCUAUCGAAUUGGCUUCGCAAAGGGCAUCGGUCUUGGCGCCACGUACUUCACCGUCUUCUGCUGCUACGCGCUCCUUCUCUGGUGCGGUGGAUACCUCGUUCGCCAUCACCACGCCAACGGCGGCUUAGCCAUCUCCACCAUGUUUACGGUCAUGAUCGGGGGACUGGCUCUAGGCCAGUCGGUUCCAAGCUUAUCCUCCCUUGCUAAAGCCAGAGUUUCCGCAGCUAAGAUAUACAAGACAAUCAAUCACCGGCCGGAGGUCGACCGCAACGCGGAGACCGGGAUGGAGCUCCAGUCAGUCACCGGUCACGUGGAGCUUAAAAACGUCGACUUUGCCUACCCUGCUCGGCCGGAGGUCCAAAUCCUGCGAGAUUUCUCCCUCACUGUCGCUGCUGGUAAGACCCUGGCUCUUGUCGGGAGUAGCGGCUCCGGUAAGAGCACUGUCGUGUCCCUCAUAGAAAGAUUCUACGAUCCCAAUUCAGGGCAAGUGCUGCUCGAUGGUAACGACAUAAAGGAACUGAAGCUGAGAUGGCUAAGGCAUCAGAUUGGGCUGGUUAGCCAGGAGCCAGCUCUGUUCGCCACUUCAAUCAGAGAAAAUCUUCUUUUGGGAAGGGAGGAUGCAUCGCAGGUACAGAUAGAAGAAGCUGCUAGGGUGGCCAAUGCCCACUCUUUCAUCAUAAAGCUUCCGGACGGCUAUGAUUCACAGGUUGGGGAGAGGGGAUUACAGCUAUCGGGCGGGCAGAAACAGCGGAUCGCAAUUGCGAGGGCGAUGCUGAAGAAUCCAGCGGUACUGCUGCUUGAUGAGGCGACGAGCGCGCUCGAUUCGGAAUCCGAAAAACUUGUACAGGAAGCAUUGGAUCGGUUCAUGAUCGGCCGCACCACGCUCAUAAUCGCCCACCGCCUCUCCACCGUCCGCAAGGCCGACCUCGUCGCCGUUAUUCAGCAGGGGAGUGUGGCGGAGCUUGGCACCCACGAGGAACUCAUGCUGCGGGCAGACAAUGGGCUCUAUGCUCGCCUCAUCCGCCUACAGGAGCAGGCUCACGAAACCGCGCUCAUCAACGCCCGGAAAAGCAGUGCUCGGCCAUCCAGCGCACGAAACUCUGUGAGUUCGCCCAUCAUUACACGCAACUCCUCCUACGGCCGCUCCCCCUAUUCGCGACGCCUGUCCGACUUCUCCACCACAGAUUUCACUCAUUCCUUCGACCCUGUUCACUACCGGUCGGGGGAGAAGGUAGGGUUCCGUGAUCAGGCAAGCUCGUUCUGGCGGCUCGCCAAGAUGAACUCCCCAGAGUGGGCUUACGCGCUCAUUGGCUCCGUUGGCUCCAUGCUAUGUGGCUCCAUGAGCGCAUUCUUCGCCUAUGUCCUUAGCGCGGUACUCAGCGUCUAUUAUGCCCAGGACUACGCUUAUAUGCGACGUGAGAUCGCCAGGUACUGCUACCUCCUUAUCGCCGUCUCCUCCGCCGCUCUGUUAUUCAACACGCUGCAACAUUUCUUCUGGGAUGUGGUAGGCGAGAACCUAACCAAGAGGGUCCGGGAACAGAUGUUCUCCUCUUUUCUCCGGAACGAAAUCGCCUGGUUCGACCGCGAUGAAAAUUCGAGUUCCAGGACGGUAGCUAGACUCUCACAGGACGCCCAUAAUGUGAGGUCCGCCAUCGGGGAUCGGAUAUCAGUGAUAGUGCAAAACAUUGCGCUCCUGCUCGUCGCCUGCACGGCAGGGUUCGUCCUUCAGUGGCGCCUUGCCCUCGUUCUCAUUGCCGUAUUUCCCGUCGUAGUCGCCGCUACCGUGCUACAGAAAAUGUUUCUCAAAGGCUUCUCCGGGGACUUAAAAGGCGCACACGCUAGGGCCACGCAAAUCGCCGGGGAGGCAGUGGCGAAUGUACGGACGGUUGCGGCAUUCAAUUCGGAGGCCAAAAUCACUGAGAUUUUCACGGCAAACUUGGAGGGCCCGCUGCGGCGGUGCUUCUGGAAAGGCCAGAUUGCCGGGAGCAGCUACGGCGUUGCGCAGUUCCUCCUCUACGCUUCCUACGCUCUUGGGCUAUGGUACGCGGCUUGGCUGGUGAAGCAUGGGAUCUCCGACUUCUCCAAAACCAUCCGGGUUUUCAUGGUCCUAAUGGUAUCCGCGAACGGCGCUGCCGAGACACUGACCCUCGCUCCAGACUUCAUCAAAGGGGGUCAAGCCAUGAGUUCCCUGUUUGAGGUCAUCGACCGCAAGACCGAGAUCGAACCCGACGACAAAGAGGCACCCCAGGUGCCGGAGCGCCUCCGCGGGGAGGUGGAGCUCAAGCACGUGGACUUCGCCUACCCAUCGCGGCCGGAUUUCCCAGUACUCCGCGACCUCACUCUGCGUGCCCGCUCUGGCAAGACCCUUGCGCUGGUUGGACCCAGCGGAUGCGGGAAAAGCUCCGUCAUCUCACUCAUCCAGCGCUUCUACGACCCAAACACCGGCCGGGUUCUGGUGGACGGGCGGGACAUUCGCAAGUAUAACCUCCGAACGCUGCGGCGGGUGAUGGCGGUGGUGCCGCAGGAACCGUGCCUGUUCGCCGCCACCAUUCACGACAAUAUUGCGUACGGGCGAGAGGGGGCAACAGAAGGUGAAGUCAUCGAGGCAGCAACUGCGGCAAACGCUCACCGUUUCAUAUCUGGGAUGCCGGAGGGGUACCAGACGUGGGUUGGGGAACGCGGGGUGCAGCUCUCAGGAGGACAGCGGCAGCGGAUCGCCAUUGCGCGGGCGCUGCUCAAGAAAGCGCCGGUGUUACUGCUCGACGAGGCUACAAGUGCGUUGGACGCAGAGUCGGAGCGGUGCGUGCAGGAGGCGCUGGAUCGAGCCGCCGCCGGAAGGACCACUGUCAUGGUAGCCCACCGGCUUGCCCUGGUUAGAGGUGCUCAAACUAUCGCAGUUAUUGAGGAGGGGAAGGUUGUGGAGCAGGGAUCACAUUCUCACCUGCUAGCGCAGCAUCCAGAUGGCUGCUAUGCUCGGAUGCUGCAGCUGCAGCGUUUGUCGCACGGGAUUGUGUUGGGUGCUGCUGUGGCUGGGCAAAUUUCAGUUGCAUCUACGAGUGCAAGGGAGGCCGAGUAGUCAUCCGUUGCGCGAGGAAUUUUGUACGUCAACGGUGAAUCUACUGUUCCGUUUUUCUUUUUCCUUUUUUUUUUCUUUACUAAUGGUUAAAAUAUUACUUGCAUUUGGAGUGCUAUAGAGAAAUGCUACAUGCAAUGUAGGUUUUUUUUUGGUUUCUAUUGUUUGAUGUAACACAAAUAGAGACUAAAAGCAUAUGAUAUAUGAUUUUGCAAUGAAA